AUGUCACAAGAUCCAUUAGCUGACUCAUUUAACAGCUCUUUCGAGCCUGCACAAGUCAAGAAACCAACAGCGACAGAAUCGGCCACGGCAUCGGCCAUAGAAUCGAGCACACAGACAGCACCUGUUGAGACUUCCAAUAAAUUCGAAAACCUCAAGGAAGAAAUACCAAAGUCAGCGCAAGACGUUGAGCAGUCAAAGGCAGCCGCUGACGAGCUCGAGAAGAAAAAGGCAGAAGCGUUGGAGAGAGUAGAGGAGACGAGACAGCUUGACAUGAAGCAUCACAAGGAGAGAAAUGAGCAGACCGAUGCACGUCUCAAGAAUGAAGGCUUGCCAGACAUGUUGAAGUCUUCUGUUGAGGAAACACUGGUAUUUCACGAGAACUACGCCAAGGAAAGAGAGGCAAAUAGCUUCAAAGAGCAGCAAGCUAUAUCGAAGCAAGUGAAUGAUGCCGAGAAGAAGAGAAAGCAUGAGCAGCCAAUAUUCUCUGCGAUCGACGUCGAAACAAAGCGUUUCAAGAGCGAGUCUGGUGAGGAGGUGGAAUCAUCUACUGUGCUCGUUGAUAAGGAGAAUUCGAGCUCCGAUUUCGAGUUGGUGCAGUCAGAAUGGAUUGAAGAGAAGGAGGUAGGUGAGAAUCAGAAUGGAAAUGGCGCCGUCCAGAAGUUCAACGACACCGCCCACCAAUCACCUACAUUGGCAUUAUUUAGAAGACCCUCAAUCAGAACUAUGCUCGCCGCUCUCGCUGUAAACUUGCUCAUUCCAUUUGUGAACGGUAUCGCGCUCGGAUUUGGUGAAAUUUUCGGCAGAGAAGUGCUCGUAGGAUACUUUGGGUUUGGAAGGAGAUGGUGGACACGCGUCGAUAGUAGAUCCAGCCUCGGUUCUGCCGGUGCUGGAUUACGAUAG